AUGGCUCCCAUUUCUCUCCUCCUCCUCCUCUUCUUCUAUUCUUCAAUUCACACUCUCACCGCCGUUGUCGCCACCGCCACCACCGCCGCCGCCGCCAGGAACCUUGCUUUCUUAGACCAUCCCCUGGAUCUUGACUCCUUUCCCUUUGAAUACCACGGCGGGCGACUUCUUUCCGGCAAUAUAACCAUCAAUCUCAUAUGGUACGGCAAUUUCAGUCCCUCCCAAGAAGCCAUUGUCGGCGAUUUCAUCGCCUCCCUCUCUGCUUCCAAAUCGGCCAUUUCCCGGCAGCCCUCUGUUUCCACUUGGUGGACCGCCAUUAACAAAUACUAUAAUCUUGCUCGGAGUUUCAAGAAAUCCUCCCGUUUUUUAAUCUCCUUGGGUUCUCAGAUUCAUGACCGGAAAUAUUCCCUUGGGAAAUCGCUAACGAAGCGUCAUGUUCUUGCUCUGGCAUUGAAGGGUCGGCGGAAAUAUGCCAUCAAUGUGGUUUUAACGGCUGCGGAUGUCGCCGUCGAUGGAUUCUGUUUUAACAAAUGUGGGUCACAUGGGGUUUCCGCCGGAGCUCCGAUUCAGGGGAAGCGGUAUAAGUUUGGGUAUAUUUGGGUGGGGAAUUCGGCGACUCAAUGUCCGGGGCAAUGUGCCUGGCCGUUUCAUCGUCCGGUGUACGGUCCACAGAAUCCGCCGUUGGUGUCGCCGAAUAAGGAUGUGGGAAUGGACGGUGUUAUUAUAAACUUGGCCGGACUUCUCGCCGGAACUGCGACGAAUCCGUUUGGCGAUGGGUUUUAUCAGGGGCCGAAGGAAGCUCCGUUGGAGGCGGCGUCGGCCUGCACCGGAAUAUUCGGGAAAGGUGCUUUUCCGGGAUAUCCCGGGGAGGUUCUGGUGGAUGCUGGCAGCGGAGGGAGUUAUAAUGCGGUCGGUGGCAAUGGACGGAAGUUUCUGCUUCCGGCGUUGGUUGAUCCGAUCACUUCCGUUUGUUCUACUCUGGUUUGAGGACUUGGAACGGGAGAAUAUGAAGAGAUUAAACGACGACGUAUUUGGUGUUGUACGGAUUGAAAUGAUUUAUUUAUUUAU